GUUUACCACGACCAGAGACGCACUACCACGACUGUCUGGGAGUCACUGCCAGUUCCUCUGCCUGCCUGCCUGACCUGACCCUUGUUUUUGGCCGACAUUUCACAUAAAUUCACUUAUUUUGAUAUUUUUUCGGAAGGUUUUUUGGGAAAAGGACAAGCCAUCACCAUGCAGUCCUGUGCCAGGUGUGGGUUUGUGGUCUACCCAGCUGAGAAGAUCAACUGCAUUGACCAGAACUGGCAUAAAGCGUGUUUUCACUGUGACGUCUGUAAGAUGAUGCUCACCGCCAAUAACUUUGUCAGCCACAAGAAGAGGCCAUACUGCUCUGUACACAAUCCCAGGAACAACACAUUCACAAGCGUCUAUGAGACCCCCGUCAACAUCAAUGCAAAGAAGCAAAGCAAGGCGAGCAGUGAGCUGAAGUAUCGCGAAGAUGGCGAGCGCUUUAUGUCAACCUUCCACCAAGACAUGAGGACCAUGGAGCUGGAGAAGGCUUGCCAAGCCACGCAGAUGGCCAGCCAGGCCUUUCAGUCUCAGUCUGAGUUCUCACAGCAGCAGACGUGGUACUCAGGCAAUGUGAGCAACCAGGAGAUAGUUACAAUGUCUCAGGCCCAGAAGAGCAUCAGCGAUAUGACGUACUCAGAAGAAUAUGAGGAGUCGAAAGGGAAAGGCAGCUUCCCUGCCAUGAUAACACCAGGUUACCAGGCUGCUAAGACAGCCAAUACUUUGGCCAGCAGCCUGGAAUAUAAAAAAGGACACGAGGAGAGAGUUUCAAAGUACACCACGUUUGUUGACCCCCCGGAGGUUCUUCUGGCCAAGAAACAAGGACAAAUUGUUAGCGAUUAUGCCUACACAGAAGAGUAUGAGCAGCAGAAAGGUAAAGGUAGCUUUCCUGCACAUCUUACACCUGGAUACAUGAUGUCAAAGAAGGCUGGUGAGCAGGCCAGUGAUAUAAAGUAUCGUCAGAUGUAUGAACAGGAGAUGAGGGGUAAAGCCAGCUCUGAGGCAGCCUUAGCUGAAGCUGUUCACGCCAGAGAAAAUGCAGAGAACUUUAGCCAGAUUGCCUAUACUGAGCAGUAUGAGCAGCAACGAGGCAAAGGAAGUUUCCCCGCCAUGAUCACUCCUGGUUAUCAUCUUGCAAAGAAAGCUCAGGAAAAUGCUAGCAAUCUAAAAUACAAGAAGGACUUGAGCAAGAUGAAGGGCACCUCACACUUCCACAGCCUGACGUCCGAAGACAACCUGGCUCUAAUGAACGCCCGGAAGAUCAACAAGAUUGUCAGCGAGGUGGAGUAUAAGAAGGACUUGGAGAACACCAAAGGUCACAGCAUCAACUUCUGUGAGACACCACAGUUUCAAAAUGUUGCUAAAAUCGCCAAGUUCACAAGUGAUAACAAAUACAAAGAGAAGUACAAGAGCGACAUGAAGGGCCACUAUGAAGACUCAGGAAUCGAUAAGAGAACCAUGCAUGCCAUGAAAGCCAGGAAAUUGGCUAGUGAUAUUUCUUACAAACAAGGCGGUGAGCAGGAGCCGGGUGAAUACAACUACCCAGCCACCCUCACGCCAGGAUACCAAAGCCAAAGAAAACUGGACCCACUGAAAGACAAGAACUACAGGCAACACAUCGACCAGGUCAAGUACAGUCAAGCAACAGACACACCUGAGAUUAUUUUAGCGAGGAAAAAUAGUCAGCUUGUCAGCAAUCUAAAUUACAAAAAAGGCUAUGAAAAGACCAAACAUCAGUACACACUGUCCCAUGACCUUCCCCAAAUCAAAACAGCCAAAGCCAAUGCUGCCUUGUGCAGUGAGAUUAAAUAUAAGGAGGAGUGGGAGAAAAACAAGUCUAAAGCCUGCGACAUCGGCGUGGACGACCUGAGUGUCAAAGCAGCUAAGGCGUCCCGUGACCUCGCCAGUAAUAUUAAAUACAAAGAGACCUACAUGAAGAACAAGGAAAAGGCAGUGGGGUUCAACAUGAGCGACUCCAAGACUCUGCACUCUCUUCAAGUGUCCAAGAUAAACAAUGAUAUUGCAUACAGGAAGGGUUCCAAGGAGAGCCAGGCCCAGUACAGCCUUCCUCUGGACAUGAUCAACCUGAGCCACGCCAAAAAGUCUCAGGCCCUCGCCAGCGACCUGGAUUAUCGCACAAAGCUGCACGACUACACCGCCAUGCCGGAUGACAUCAAGAUCCAGCAGGCCAAAAAGGCUUAUUCCCUGCAAAGCGAGCACCAGUAUCGCUCAGAUCUGAGCUGGAUGAAAGGAGUGGGCUGGGAGACUCAAGGAUGUUUGAACAUUGCCCAGGCCAAGAAGGCUGGAGAUAUGCUUAGUGAUACUAAAUACCGUCAGAAGGCAGACAGCAUCAGGUUCACACAGGUGGCGGACAAUAUAUCCAUGGAACACGCCAAGAAGAGCCAGGAACUGCAGAGCCACCUGGCGUACAAAGCAGACACAGAGCAGAUGAUACACAAGUACACCAUGACAAAAGAUGAGCCCCUCUUCAGACAAGCAAAGUCUAACGCUGACCUUCUUAGUGCGAAAGUGUACAAGAGCAACUGGGAGAAGCAGAGGGAAAAGGGCUUCGAGCUGCGCUUGGACUCUCUCUCUAUUCUCACCGCUAAAGCCAAAAGAGACCUGGCCAGUGAUGUCAAAUACAAGGAGAAGUAUGAGAAAAACAAAGGCAAGGUGAUUGGCAUUAAGUCCGUCAGCGAUGACUCUGGGAUGGCCCACUCUGCUAUGGCCACCAAACUACAGAGUGACCGCCACUACAAGAAGGACUAUGAGGACACUAAGACCAAAUACAACGUUCAUCUGGAUAUGCUGAACAUUAACCUGAGCCAUGACAAGAAGGCUCAAGGCCUGGCCACCGAGACCAACUACAGGACUUUCCUCCACGAUUACACGACUCUGUCGACUGACAUGAACGUGGCCUGGGCUAAGAAGGCCUAUGAUCUACAGAGCGAUAAACUGUACAGAUCAGAUCUGAACUGGAUGAAGGGCGUCGGCUGGGAGGCUGCAAAGUCUCUGGAUGUCCAGCAGGCGAAGAAAGCCGGGGCACUCCUCAGCGAGGUAACCUCAAACCCUAUGACCCAGAAUGCACUGCUGAAAUCAGCUGCAGGUUAAGGGAUGACACUGCGUGUAGUAUUAAUAAAAAGAAAUCCUCACUUAUUUGGUUAAAUGCUAACCCGCAGCAACAUUUCCUUAACCUUUAUUAAUAUUUCCCUCAUUUCUGGUAAUUGUAUUGGAAGCCAAUCACCACGCAGUGUAUGAUUAACCACUGUGGUGCUAUUUAUAACUAGAGAAUACAGUAUGUAGGUAAAUUAGCACAGAGAGCAUGAGAAAGUGAUAAGGCACAUAUCUUGGUUUACGGCUUAGGUCAGAAUGUAUUUAAAGCGCUGCGGACCAUUGGUUUUCACUAUAAACUGGGUUAAGUACGCGGACUACACCAGGCUCUAACAAGAGACCCGGCUGAUUAUAGUAACUGAAAGAUUCAACUUC